AUGGCUGUCCAAACUGAUGCUCAAGUAGCUCAGCUAUGUCGCUCUGCUUUCGAAGCGGAGCAUUUUUCAAAUUUUCGGGAAGCCUUUGACCGGCAUGGGGAUGCUAUAACCGCGCUGAAUAGACUCGCCGAUGAUGCCAGAUUCCUUGACCGGGAGAGAAAACGAGAUGCCCAUAAACAGGCCAAGUUUCAUGGUAAACGGCGCGAGGUCUUGCAACCGAUAUUAAGUGGCCACAAGACCAGGCUCGACGUUGUUUUACCAUCCUCCUUCAGCGCACAGGAGAGUCUAACGAAACUGAUCAACGGAUUGCCAUGUUUGAGUUUCGACGAAAUGCUGCUGUCCCGGAGCUUGAAACCUUUGCACGACAAAAUGCGGCCCACUGUGCCACAAGGGACUGCUAUCAAUUCAAAGCAAAUAGUCGCAUCACUUUUGGCUUCUUCAAAAGGAAACUCAGCAUUGAUACCCACAGAGAUUCAGCAUAUCUUCCCUUUGAACAAGGAUGGAACUCACUCGGUGUCAUUCUACACUCCCCUUCUUGACAAGGCUCAACCCGACAUCACAUUCCAUGUGUAUGUGAGUUGCGAGAACGUUUUUACCUCCGGUCGUUGGUACUACUUUAAAGUCAAGGACUCUAGUGAGCGACAAACUCUGUACGUCCUCCAAGGCCUCAAGCGCCCCCGCUAUCAAGUUACGAAAACAUCCCUGUCGCGGGCCACUGAGUUUACUACGCCUUGCGUAGAAACUGUCGUAACGCCAGUGCGAAGCACCGGUAGUAGCCACGACGGUGCCAUUGGUCGGCAACUCACCCACUUCACAUGCUCUUCUUUGCCGGUCAUUGACAAGCCGGAUCGGACAAAACAUGUCAAGUGGCAGCCGCGGCGUAUGGCAUGGGGCGGGCGCAACUUCGUGUGGAAGCAGGGUAAAGGUAUGCUGGAGAAAGAGCUGUGUGAAGUCAAAAGGGAGUGGCCGCAACCUGGAAGUAAAACAGGCAAGAUGUUGGAUGAAACCUUCGAGCCGAUUGUGCAUGCACAGACAAAAGUUGCGGUAAAGAAGACGUUGGUAGUGACGUUCGGGUACGGGUGUGGGAUAGACUUCUUGUUUCGCGAGUUAGUUUUAGCUAGCUUGCUCACGUCUCACCUUGUUCAAGCGUUCGGCCAUUCCAGCUAG